AUGAGGAUUGUUACUGGUUCGGCGACUCUUACCGUGCCUCCACGAAUGGAUCCAGUCUUGGAAGAAGACUCAGGGGAAGACAGCGGGAGCCCUCGUCCUCCUCCAAGUCCGAGACGCCUCUUCAAUGUAAACAACAGCAACAACAAUGAAGAGGAGGAGGAGAAGAAAAAAGCGAAAACGGAGAAAAGGGAAAAGAAAGAAAAAAGGGAAAAGAAAGAGAAGAAGAAAAAGGAGGAGAAGGAACAGGAGAAUGAAAAGGAGAAGGAGAAAGAAAAGGAAAAGGAGGAGAAGGAGAAGGAAAAGGAGAAAGAGAAAGAGAAGGAAAAGCAAAAGGAGAAAGAAAAAGAGAAGGAUAAGGACAAAAAGGAGGGGCCAAAAGAGGUGUUCGUGAUUAACCCAGAUAGCAACCUUUAUUACCAGUGGCUGCUUCUCAUCACUCUUCCUGUCAUGUACAAUUGGACGAUGAUCAUUGCAAGAGCCUGUUUUGAAGAACUGCAGCAUAACUAUCUGAUAACAUGGUUCAUCCUUGACUACCUCUGCGAUUUGCUUUACGUGGCUGACAUGGCCUUCAGGACAAGAACAGGGUACCUGGAGCAGGGCUUGCUCGUCAAGGACGAGAAGCUUCUACUCAAGCACUACACGGACAGCUUUCAGUUUCGAAUUGACGUCAUCUCCAUGAUACCCACCGACGUGUUGUACUUUGCCCUGGGGCUGGACUACCCUGAGAUCCGCAUCAACAAGCUGCUUCGCCUCAACCGCAUGUUUGAGUUUUUUGACUGCUCACAGACCAUGACCAACUAUCCCAACAUCUUCCGUAUCUGCACACUGGUCAUGUACAUCAUCAUCAUCAUUCACUGGAAUGCAUGCCUCUACUUCUCUUUUUCGAAAUCCAUCGGUUUUGGAUCGGAUCCCUGGGUGUACCCUUCACUCGAUGAGCCUGAGUUUGGAGAUCUCUUGCGGAAGUACUCCUUCAGCCUCUAUUGGUCCACUCUCACUCUCACUACCAUUGGUGAGACACCCUCCCCUGAGCUGGACUCUGAGUUUUUCUUUCAUGUGGUCGACUUCCUGGUGGGCGUGCUGAUCUUCGCUACCAUCGUGGGUAACAUCGCCACCAUGAUCUCCAACAUGAAUGCAGCGCAAGCCCAGUUCCAGGCCCGCAUCGACAACAUCAAGCAGUACAUGCAAGUGCGCCAUGUCAGCAAGGACUUGGAGAAGCGUGUCAUCAAGUGGUUUGACUACCUGUGGACCAACAAGAAGGCGCAGGAUGAGAGGGAGGUGCUGCGGUACCUUCCAGACAAGCUGCGGGCAGAAAUCGGCAUGAAUGUGCAUCUGGACACUUUGAAGAAGGUGAGGAUCUUUGCAGACUGUGAGGCUGGCUUGCUGAUUCAGUUGGUGCUCUUGUUGCGCCCUCAAGUCUUCAGUCCCGGUGACUACAUUUGCCGUAAGGGUGACAUUGGUCGGGAGAUGUACAUCAUCAAGGAAGGAAAGUUGGCUGUGGUAGCUGACGAUGGAGUUACACAGUUUUGCGUCCUGGGAGAUGGUAGCUACUUUGGUGAGAUCAGCAUCCUGAACAUCAAGGGCAGCAAAGCCGGAAACCGCAGGACGGCCAACAUCCGCAGCAUCGGAUACUCAGACCUCUUCUGCUUGACGAAGGAUGACCUAAUGGAGGCUCUGACCGAGUACCCGGAAGCCAAAACCAUGCUGGAGGACAAGGGCAGGCAGAUCCUCAUGAAGGACGGUUUGCUAGACCUGGACCCAGCCAACCUAAAGCCAGACCAGAAGGACCUGGAGGACAGAGUGAACCGCAUUUAUUCCACCAUGAUGCUGAUGCAGACCAAACUGAAGAAGCUGCAUGAGGACUAUGACAAAACCGAGAAAGACCUCAAACAGCGCCUCGCUCAAAUAGAACGCUAUGCUGGUGAGGAGGUAGAAGAGGAUGAGGAGGAGGAGCAGAAGGAGGAGAAGGCAGGACCAGAGCAGGAAAAGAAGGAGGAAGAGGCCAAAGAUGAGAAGAAAGAUGAAGAGGAGAAGCCAGAGGAGGAGGAGAAACCAGAAGAGGAGAAGAAACCAGAGGAAGAGGAGACGCCAGAGGGGGAGGAAAAACCAGAAGAGGAAAAGAAACCAGAGGAAGAGGAGAAGCCAGAGGAGUAGAAGCCUUUAAACAUCUGACUCUCAGACGCAGCAGAUCAGUCAGGUCCUUUGAGAUUCACACAUUGACAGCUCAAGCAGUUUCUUCAUGAUCUUUUGUAGCAGUAAACUCAAAUGGCCACAAGACUGCAGCAGAGAGUC